AUGACGAUUAUGGUGUCGAAGACGGUGACGACGACGGUGACGAUGACGAUGACGGUGACGGAUGACGAUGAUGAUGAAUAUGACGAUGACGAUGUUGACGAUGAUGAUGAUGAUGACGACAUUAAUGAUGACGAUGACGUUGAUGAUGACGCUGACGAUCUUGAUGAUGAAAGUGAUGAUGCCGAUUACGAUGACGAUGACAAUGACGAUGUUGAAUGA